AUAGCUAACAAAUCAGCAUAAUUGUUUUCAAAGGAACCAACAGUUAGAUGUCAAAAUUGAGGCAGUAGGAUUUACAUACAUAAAACUUUAAAUAAGCACCUGCCUGCCAAAAAUGAAAAUCGUGUUUAUCCCUCUGCUGAUAGUUGGAAUAUUUUAUGCUUCUGCUAAUGACUUGAUACUUGUGCAAGAAAGAAUACAAAACUUAGAGAAUAGAGUUAAUUCAGAAUCAGAAUUCAGAAAUGAGGAAGCGACAAGGAUUCGGAGAGAAAUUUCGGAACCCUAUUGUGAAAUAAGUUUAAAUAAGACCGACAUGGCAAUAUCGAGAAUAGAAGAAACCAGCGAGUUGAUAGUAUCUGAAGUCAGUAAGAAACAUGUAACAUUGCUCAAUCAAAUGAAUGAAAAUUCUUUACACGACAGUCAAUAUUUGCAAGACAUCACUUCCAAACUCGAACAGCUAAAAAAUAAUACCGAUGAAAUUGAAGCCAUAUCAGUUAUAGAUAGCAAGCGAAAUUAUGUUACGGCAGCAACUGUGGAAAGGAAUAAAGAAAUAAUAGAACGUAUAUACUUGCUGGUAACAGAUUUAUUUACAAACAACAUAAAGCCCUUAUCGACACAAGUAUCGAGAAUAGAAGAAACAAGCGAGUUGAUAGUAUCUGAAGUCAGUAAGAAACAUGUAACAUUGCUCAAUGAAAUGAAUGAAAAUUCUUUACACGACAGCCAAUAUUUGCAAGACAUCACUUCCAAACUCGAACAGCUAAAAACUAAUACCGGUGAAAUUGAAGCCAUUACAGUUAUAGAUAGCAAAAGAAAUUAUGUUACGGCAGCAAUGGUGGGAAGGAAUCAAGAAAUACUAGAACGUAUAUACUUGCUGGUAGAAGAUUUAUUUACAAACAACAUUAAGCCCUUAUUGACACAAGUAUCGAGAAUAGAAGAAACAAGCGAGUUGAUAGAAUCUGAAGUCAGUAAGAAACAUGUAACAUUGCUCAACGAAAUAAAUGAAACUUCUGCACACAACAGUAAACAGUUGAAAGACAUCGCUAUAAAGCUUGAGCAAGUAAAAAAGAAUACCGAUUACAGUAUCAUCGAAAACAAUAAAAGAUUUGAUGCUAUAGCAGCAAAUGUGGAAGCAAAUAAUGUAAAUAUAGAACGUGUUUACUCGCUGGUAACAGAAGUAUCAACUAACAUUAAAACCUUAUUAAAACAUGUGUCUUGUAUUGAACUACUCAAUAACGGGAUCACACACAGUAGUACACAUCAACUACGAAACGGACUCAUGGUUUACUGUGACCAAACUACAGACGGUGGGGGUUGGAUAGUAUUUCAGAGAAGACUGAAUGGUGAGGUAGAUUUCUAUCGUAACUGGGCUGAGUAUAAAAAUGGCUUUGGGGAUUUAAACGGCGAGUUCUGGCUCGGUAAUGAACAUUUAAGUUUAUUGACAGCAAAUGGAACACAUGAACUUAGAAUAGAGUUGGAAGAUUUUGAUGGAAACAGUACAUAUGCAAAGUAUAGCAAGUUUAAGAUAUAUCCAGAAGAAGACAACUACAAACUGGAGGUGAGUGGAUAUAGUGGAACUGCAUGGGAUUCCUUAGAUUUUCAUAAUGGAAUGAUGUUCUCAACUUUUGACAGAGACAAUGAUAAAAAUUCCGACAAUUGUGCACUUGGACGGCAUGGUGCGUGGUGGUACAACAGUUGUUAUCAUUCAAAUUUGAACGGAAAGUAUUACAACACAUCUCGUCCUGAGCUUGAUGCAAUACGUUGGAGAAUCCAAAAGUUUACACUCAUGACUGCAAAGACAGUAGAAAUGAAAUUUCGUUCAAUUGACAGUCGUUAGUACUGUCUAUGUUCAGAUAAAAAAAAACUGCUUUAUUUAUUAGUCACUAUUUUGCUAUCAGGACUGUUAUUGUAUACUCACGAGGGUGAUUGCCAAAAUAUAAUCAUGUAUACAUGUAUAUUAUCAUCAUAAUUAUUCAAAUUAUUAUUUCAUGGUGCUUUGCUGGUUCGUAGGCAAUUGCGUAAAAAUGAAAAUGAGAAACUAUGUUGAAAUUAUAUACAGUACAUGUACAUCUUGUAUAUUAUUGUUAUUAUACAUGAAUAUUUAAAGUUGCGAACAAUUAACUUUACAAUAUAAAUGUAUGAAGAGGUAUCUCAUUUUUAGACACGACACAGUGGAUAUUUUUAUUUAGCGUUUUUACUCAAUAUGAGGUAUGAAAUUGUCGUAAUGACGAAAAUAAAACAAAGUCAACAUCUUGUCGUAUUUUUGCUCCGCAGGACUCGAAGCGAAAACACGAUAAUAUCAUCGUGUUUUUGCCUGGCGCCUCGCGGAGCAAAAAUACGAUGAUAAUAUGGUCAAUGAACAGAAACAUGUAAAACGUCGAUAGAUAUUUGACAGCGUCCGUAGCAUGUACAGACAAAAACGACAAUAUACAUUCAAAUUAUCUCUAUUUUUAUUAAGAUAUACAACGCAACAGGGUAUACUAGCUUAAGUACGUUUGGUUCACUUUUUUGCACAUUCAUAUUUUGUAUAUUCAUUCUGUUUGACACCCAAUGGCAUGUAUUUACAAUACUUCAGCAUAAAUUUUAUGUCCGAAAUUUAAACAAGUUAAAUGUUCAAAAUAACUUCUACCAAACAAUAGGCUAUCCAGCGAAUAAUGAACAAUUGCGAUUGACGAUUUGAUAGUUUUGUUUUGUAUUCUGCCAUCAUGGCGAAUCCUGUUAAUUUUAAGCUAACGUUGUUAUCUUUAUCAUUAUGAUAUUGUUAAAUGAUAAACAAAAUGAAAGAACUUGUAUUAAAGAUGUUUAUUUACUAAAAAAUUCAACGUGGUGCCUCUCUUAUCCUAUUUCCACUAAACUAUCGUUUCGAACAUUAUUGUUGCUUAACUUUAAAAUAAUUGACAAAAUUCUAUCUAUGAAGCGUAUAUUUUAUUUUGUUAGAGCUUUGCCGAUUUGUUUGUGACCUUUGCAUGAAUGUAUGAUUCAAUAAAUUGCCUUAAAAAUGUAUUGUGUAUUUUGUCAUUAAAUAAUAAAUAGAGUGUA